ACGGUUUCUCACCAUGGCAGGCUCGCGUUCUUGAAACAUCACCCUCACAUUUUCACUCGCAACCCUCAUUUUCUCCUCCAACGGCUCGAUCACCUUCAACCGGGAACUUGCUUUACAUUGUCCUGGGCUCUUGAACAAUGAAUCGAAUCAGCAUUUGGCUUCCGUACGCUGCAGACAAGUUCGGUCAAGUUGUGCUCUCUGUAAAUGAAUUGGAUCGCAAUACGCUUUGCGGGACCGUGGAAAAAGUAUCCGAUGUUGACGAAGAGACAAGUUUUAACUACACGAUCGGUCAGGUUCGCCUAAUGAAGGAUUUCUUCAAUGUGGGCCAAUUCCAACCCAACGCCAACGGCAGCCAAGCGCCCACCGCAGAGACCAAUGAAGAACAGCAGGCCCGUGCUGAUUCCAACAACAAGGCCGAAAUUUGAAAGGGGGUCCUGGUGUCCUUUCAGAGUAUGAAGGAGAAGGGGGGAUCGAUGAGAGAUUUCCCCCGCUGCGUGACGUUGAAAAACUUAUUCCCCGGGCCGGCGGUUGUUCGUUCGAACGCCCAACCCCAAGAUGGAACGGGAACUGUCUCGGAUCUAUCAGAUUCACCCACACGUCGACGACAAUUUCGCGAUGGGAAAAACUUUACCCAGCCGGCGUACGACAACUGAAGAAAGGAUCACACGCGAUGCUCGAUUUCUCGCUGCACCACGACGAAGGACUCUACCAAGACGAAGGACUCUAUCUAAACGAACUAGCCCGGUACAGCACAAGCUUGCAACCAUAAUUCUCUAAGAGGACAAGAAGAUCGCUCCACUACAACACCAUAAUACUGCAU